GCGCGUGUCACUUUAAACAUCUGAACCUCUGAUCCUCCGCAGACCCGGAGAUCUGGACCCCUAGGUACCGAAACACCCGGAUACCCGAACCUCUGGGUACCGAAACAUCCGGAUACCCGAACCUCUGGGUACCGAAACACCAUACUGAGCUGCAGAUUCCGGUCCUCAACAGAGACAUGUCCACCUCAUCCGUGUCAAAGGGCUGCUUCGUCUUCAAACCCGCACAGCAGCAGCAGCAGCCGAAGAAGAGGAAGAAGACGGAGACGGAGACGGAGAGCCCCAGUCUGGAGAGCUGGUUCUGUGAAGGCUGUGAGUCUGCAGACAGCAGCGGGUCCAGGUCCAGGUUCAGACUGUGUCAGGAGCUGUGGGACCACAUCAGAUCAGAGACUCAGGUCCUGCAGGAUGAACUCAACAGGAAAGUCUUGGACAGUCUGCUGGACUUCGUCAGGACCCGGCGUCCCGGCGGUCGGCACGGCGACUGGGCGUCUCAGAUGAGGGCCAGCGAGAUCCCCACGGCAGCCCUGGUUCUGGGAGUGAACGUCCCGGACCACGACGUGACCUUCCAGAGUCUGUCGGAGCUGCUGCUGGACUCAGUGACCCCUCACGUGGCCUCGGUGGAGGCCAAGGAGGCCCCAGUGCUGAAGCAGCUGAUGAAGAGGGUCCUGGAGAGGCUGAUGAAGACCGCGGUGGAGGACGUGGAGGACGGGGAGGACGGGGAGGACGGGGGGGACGGGGGGGAGGAGGAGCAGAGCGGGACUCCGUCUCACAGGACCGUCCACUGCUCUCUGGGUCAGCUGUCCGACUGGUACUCUUCCAGAACCAAGAGGAGCAGCAGCAGCAGUCCUGGAAAGAAGCGCAGCAGCGUGGACAGAGACGUCCCCCCCCGGCCCCCCCUGGUCAUCAUCUUCAAGGACCUGGAGGCCUUCAGCCCCCGGGUCCUCCAGGACUUCAUCCUCGUCUGCAGCCGCUACGUGGAGCGUCUCCCCCUGGUGUUCAUCUUCGGCAUUGCGACGUCUCCCAGCACCCUGCAGCACAUGCUGCCCCACUCGGUGUCCUCCCUGCUGUGCGUCCAGCUGUUCCAGUCCCUGUGCUGCACCCAGCAUCUGUCCACCGUCAUGGACCAGCUGGUCCUCACAGCUCGCUUCCCGUUCAAGCUGACGGGGAAGGUCCUGCAGGUCCUGCUCAGCGUCUUCCUCUACCACGACUUCUCCGUCAGCAGCUUCAUCAAGGGGCUGCAGGUGUCCCUGCUGGAGCACUUCUCCUCCCAGCCCCUCAGUCUGCUGUGCUGCAGGAAGUCUGAGGCUCUGCUGCAGCUCAGCCAGCUGGGACCCCGAGACCUGGACCGGAUCCGAGCGCUGGCCUCCUUCCAGAGGUAUCUGGAGCAGCAGGACUCUCAGGACCAGGACCGACUGAGGACCGAUGACGCUUUUCUAAAGGAGGUGUGUCACAGACUGAUCAAGGAUCUUCAUAAAUACCACAAGAGCUACUAUCCCACCCUGAGGUGUCUCCACACCCUGACCUCCGCUUUACCUCGGUAUCCUCUGGGAAAACAGAUCAGAGAGCUCCACCUCAUCUGUCUGGAGCAGAACGUGUGGGAGAACCAGGACUACCAGGCGGCCCUGAAGCUGCUGAGGAUGCUGGCGAAGGACGAGCUGCUGACCCUGCUGCACCGCUGCCUGGACACCCUGCAGGCCGCCAAGUCCAAGAGGACCAGGAGGGCCGCGCUGCAGCUGGAGGAGCUGCUGUGCAGGUUCAAACAGCUGGACGACGUCACAGAGACACAGGACUACUUCAGCUCCCCCAUCAAAGACCUGCAGAAGAAGACUGACCUGUUCCAGCUGCAGAAGACGCUGCUGCAGCUGAACGAGACUCGGCGCUCCAGGAAGCUGAGUCCGUUUGAGCGGCUGAGGGCCGAGGCCGUGGAGCUGCUGGACUCGCUGGUCAGGACUCACCUGGCCCCCCCAGAGUCUCAGCCUCUGCAUGAAGUCUGCUACUACAGCUCCUCCUCCACCGUGAGGCGCCACCUCAACGCAGCGCCCCGCACCUCCAUCCAGGCCGCCCUCAGCUGCCCCUACUUCUACCUGCAGAAUGAGAACUUGAGGACUGAGGACGGGUCGGUCUCCAACGCCGCUCCUGAUCUCUGCAUCACCUACAAACUACACCUGGAGUGUGGACGACUGAUCAACCUGUACGACUGGAUGGAGGCCUUCUCCACGGUGGUUUCAGCGGCCGAGCAGCUGGAUCCAGAGUCUGGCGGUUCUGGCGGUUCUGGAGGAGCAGAUGAAGUCCAGCACGCCCGGUUCAUCCGCUCCGUGUCUGAACUGGAGUUUCUGGGCUUCAUCAAGUCCACCAAGAAGAAAACCGACCACGUGUCCCGGCUCACCUGGGGGGGCUGCUGAACCUGGGGGGCCUGCUGAACCGGGG